GACCUUCUCUCGCUGCCAUGGAAAGAGUAUCAAAAUCAUAUUAUCGCAUCAUAAGAGGUCAACAUAGCCCAUAUAGAUUCUUGUAUUAUAAAUUACUGGCUAUGUAUUGUCCUUCAGAUGCUUCUUCAAUGAUAGAAAAUGAUGAACAAGAACGUGUAAUUCAUUCUCCUGUUUUACCAAAAAUUCAAAAAACACUUGCAAAAAAAGAGUCUAGAGAAUAUAAAGU